UAUUUUGACCUGUGAUGUAAUACCUCCAAGAACUGAAGGUAGCAUUUGGAGAUAACAAUAAUUAUUUUGUCUUCUAGGUGUUGUGAGGAAAGUUUGACAACAUGUCCACAGAACCUGUGCAAAAUAACACAGACAAAUGGAUAGAGGAAAACAAGAAAUUCUUUCUGCCACCAGUGUGCAACAAAAUGAUGCAUGCCGAUGGACAGAUGAAAUCAUUCUAUGUAGGUGGGCCCAACCAGAGGAAAGAUUAUCAUAUUGAAGAAGGGGAGGAGCUAUUUUACAUGGUUAAAGGAGAUAUGUGCCUCAAAGUUGUCGAGGGAGGGAAACACAAGGAUGUGCAUAUCAAAGAAGGAGAGAUAUUUUUGUUGCCUGGCAGCAUUGCUCACUCCCCACAGAGACAAGCAGACACAGUGGGGCUUGUCAUAGAAAGGGAGAGAGCAGAAGAUGAAAAAGAUGGUCUUAGGUACUUUAUUGAAGAGGACGGUAAACCAACACUAAACUCUCUGUAUGAGGAAUGGUUUCAUUGCGAGGAUCUCGGCUCUCAGCUUGGACCUAUUAUCAAAAGAUUUUUUGCCUCGGAACAGCAUAAAACAGGAAAACCGUUACCAGGUACCAUUCCAGAAGUCCCUCCUGUGGUGUUGAAUUCAGACUUGACAUUACAGGAUCCCUUUCUUCUUGCCGAUUAUAUAAAAGAGAAUAGAGCAAAGAUUGAUAGUACAGGUUUUAUCAAACUAUUCGAGAGAGAUGAUUACACACAUCAGUUUCAGGUGUACAUAUAUGGAAAGGGAGAAAAUACAGCAAAGAUUGAUGUUGCUGAAACAUUCAUCUGGGUUUUGGAGGGUAGUUGUACAGUGAAGACAGGGGGAAAGGAGUACACUUUAUCACUGGGAGAUAACUUGCUCAUCAGACAAGGCCAAGAGUACGAAUAUUUAGUUUUUAUUUAAUUAUUUUAGCACAUGUCUAAGGUUAUACUUCUGAGUUUGG